AUCUGAAUUCCUCCGCUUCCCCGGGAGUGAUGCAUGCAGGGAAAAAAAAGGCAGAGCUCCCUCCUCCUCCUCCUCCCUCCAUCUCUGCAGCAGCACACGGAGCUACAGCAGCAGGAGGAAGAGGAGGAGGAACAAUAAGCUCAGAGGAGGCUCCGCAGUCCGGCGGCGUGUCGCAGUUUUAGCGGGAGCUGGUGAAGCGGCUGCCCGGAGGAGGAGGCAGGGGGCCGGCAGAGGGAACAUGUCCUCCCCGCAGGUGUCCCGCCGGCAGUCGUGCUACCUGUGCGACCUGCCGCGCAUGCCUUGGGCCAUGAUCUGGGACUUCACGGAGCCCGUGUGCCGCGGAUGCGUCAACUAUGAGGGCGCGGACCGGAUCGAGUUCGUCAUCGAGACUGCCCGCCACCUGAAGCGCGCUCACGGCUUCCAGGAGGCCCGCGGCGCCGCGGGAGCGCCCCCGCAGCAGCAGCCCGGGGCGACGAAGAGCCAGGCGGCCAUACUAAGCGGCAAAGAGCCGCCGAGCCACCACCACCACCCGGCGGAUGGUGCAGCCAAGCCCCAGCAUCCCGGGACGGACCGCUACUCGCUGGGACGCUUCGACUACGGCGUCAGGCCGCCCACCGGGCUCGGAGGACCGAACGGCUUCAAGGACGACGGCCCGCCGGAGCUGAACCGCCAGAGCCCGAACUCCCGCGGCAGGACCCCCGCCGGACCGCCGUCCGCCGCCGUGCCACCCAGCCUGCUGCCGCAGACGGGCCGGGCCGAGCCCGGGGCGAAGCGGCCCGCCUCGGUUUCCGCCGCCGACCCGGACCGGGAGCUGAAAGAGAAGCAGCGCAACGCGGAGGUGCUGGCAGAGUUGAGCGACAGCCUGCGGAGCCGCCAGGAAGAGUGGGCGGGCCGGCCGAAGGCCGUGCGCGACACGCUGCUUGCGCUCACCGGAAGCACGCCCUUCGACGUCCGCUUCAAGAAGGACCACGCGCUGUUGGGCCGCGUGUUCGCCUUCGACGCCGCGUCGAAGCCCGGCGCGGAGCAUGAGCUGAAGCUGUUCAUCGAGUACCCGAGCGGUUCCGGGACGGUGUUCUCCAGCGCCUCGGGGGUGGCCAAGCAGAUGUACCAGGACUGCAUGAAAGACUACGGGCGCGGGCUGUCGUCCGGCUUUAAGUACCUGGAGUACGAGAAGAAGCCGGGCUCCGGGGACUGGCGGCUGCUCGGGGACCUGCUGCCGGAGCCGCUGCGCUUCUUUCGGGAGCCGCUGUCCGUAGAGCUGCUACCGCAGCCGCACGCCGACGGCGGCUUCCCGCUGCCGCCAGGACGGGCGGGGGGCUCCCGGCCCGGGCUGAGGAAGAGGAAGGCCUCCCCGGAGCCGGACUCUGCGGACGAGCAGCAGCGGCAGCAGUGGCUCGGGGGCCCGGGCGAGGCCCUCAAGACCCCACCGGAAUCCGCCACCGCCCCGCCGCAGAACGGACAGUCCCCCAUGGCCGCGCUCAUGUCAGUGGCGGACGCGCUCGGUAACGCGCACUCGCCCGGCAAGGACAGAGACUCCGCCGCGCACUCCAGGCACGCGGCCGGCAGCCCGGCGUCCCCGGCCUCAGCCUCCGGCCAAAGGCGCCUCUCCUCCCGCAACGGGGACCUCGGGCUGCCCGCGCAGGACCAGGUGCACGCGCAGAGCGUGCCCGACUCCCCCGUGGCCAACAGCGGACCGCUAUGUUGCACCAUCUGCCACGAGCGCCUGGAGGACACUCACUUCGUGCAGUGUCCCUCCGUCCCCGGACACAAGUUCUGCUUCCCCUGCUCCCGGGAGAGCAUCAAGGCCCAAGGGGCUUCCGGGGAGGUGUACUGCCCCAGUGGGGACAAGUGCCCGCUAGUCGGCUCCAACGUGCCCUGGGCAUUUAUGCAGGGGGAGAUUUCCACCAUCCUGGCUGGAGAUGUGAAGGUAAAGAAGGAGAGGGACCCCUGAGGAGGAGGUGCUGGAGCCUCAAGCCCAGACUUUGUUUUUUAUAUUCCCUGGAUAACAGCCCAGGUCGAGGUACUUCAGCCUGCCCCCCACAGAGAUUCGCUCUAACUUAAACUCAGUCAAAUAUUCAAACCAUGAAGAACAGCAAACUGUUUCAGUCGUUUAGAGUCUGGACUGGUGAUCACGUGAAAGCUUUUCUGAUUUAACACUUUCCACCUUCCUUUGUCAUCGUCUGUUUUUGAUGUGACGGAGGUCAAAGGUUGAGUUUCAACCUGGCGUCAGUAAAAUAAAUGAGUGUUACUGAUCCAAAGCAGCGCUGACACUCUUCAGUUUAUACGUCGAGCUGCCUCCAGCUCCGUGUGUGUGCAGUAAGAUCAUGCAUGCUAUAGUUUCUGCCCAGCACUCAGUCUUCUUUACUGUGAGGCUUAAAAUAACCUCAAUAUUCUGUUAAAAUGAGUUCAUGUUAUUACAGGUGUGUGUGUGUGUGUGUGUGUGUGUGUGUGUGUGUCAUUACACCCAUGAGUACAAAUGUGUGACCACUGCGCCGAACCGUCAGCCCGUUUCUGCAUCUGUAAAGAAAACCUGACAAAAAUACGUUGAAGGCUUGAAACGGAGAUUAUCGUGAUGCAGUUUAAUAAACGUCUCGGACAAGCAGGCGAUUCUUAUUUUGAAACAAAGAAAUAUGUUAAAAUUUAUAAGAAAAAUGUAAUCGUCCAAAUUAUCCAACAAACUCCGAUGUAUGACAUCAGAGUGAUCUUUGGUUUGUCUGGCGUUUAAACUUGCGCGUUUACUUUGUGAAUGAGUCGUUUGUGUUUUUGUCUGUUGUUCAGGAUGAUGUGCUCACAGACUGAAACAGUUUGACUGAAACAUGGAACAUUACUGACGUUAAUCUGUGCCUGUUGUGUGGGUCCAGGUGUCGCUCCUGCCGUUGCUCAUGUUCGUCUGGAGUUUGGUUAACAUACAGUCACAGUUUGUGUCCGAGUCGCCGUCACACUUCUCACAGUGAAACUCACAUCAGUUAUGUUUGUUUUAAAUGGUCGUAAAUUCUUCCUGUUUGAUAAACGAACCCGUUGACGACCGGGUGGAGAAACGCGUGGAGGGGAGGCGUUGCUCACGUUCAGCGUUUAUUACCUUUGACUCUUUCUAAUUAACGUCGUGGACAUCAUCAAGCUCGUGAUCUCAGAAUGACAUCAGGCUGUGACUGUUGUGAAGCAAAGGUCUGUUAGCAGCGAUGAGACCGGCGGGGAGUUUCAGGGCGUCUUUGUGCACGUUCCCACUGCAGGAAGCGGCCGGUAGGACGCCGUUUCAGGAGGAGAAAGCGCUCACUUACAAUCCGUCGCUCCACGUUCCCACUCUGUGGAGCCGCACUCGCCGCAGCUGGAGGGGCUCUUCAUGAAGGGUUAUUCCAGAAAUGCAGCUGAAGCUGUGGAGCACGCUCACAGCAGGUCCAUACCUGUGUCAGGCGUCCUCACUGUGAGCGUGCACACACACUCGUCUUGAACGGAUCGUCACAACGAUCGCCACCGUCCGCUGUGAGCUCACAGAGCCUUUGUUAAGUUAUUACUCGUGGUUUUGGUGCCUUUAACGAGGCGUCGCACAAAGAUCAGCUCGGUAACGUUCUCGGCGGUAGACCGUCACUCCUGUGGCACGUCGGCAGAAGGGGGG